CCUGCCUUUCCCUUUCUUUCAUUUCCCUCCUCUUCCCCCAACCCCCUCUCUCCUCGCCGUAUUUUUCAUUUUUUUGUCAAUUUUCUUUUUUUUUUUUUUUAGCUUCUCCGAUUUUUACUCUGUUCUGGCUGAUUAUACCGUGAUUUCUAAGAAACCCUACUCUGGUUUUGUUGAAUUGACUCAUUUUGUGUAUUUUUCUCCAACACGCAAACAGAUAAAGGUAAAAAAAUAAAAGCUGCGGCUUUACUAUAAGGAGAUUUCCGGAGUAGAUAAAAGUUCAUUUGAAAGGAAGAAGCCUAUAGCAUGGGGAAGGUGUCUCCAAAUGGCAGGCAACCGAAAACUGGGAGACAGAAAAAGCAGUCAAGAAAUGCGAAAAAUAAGUAUUUGAAGCCUGGUGCUCUUGCUCAGCUACGGAAUAGCAAGGCAUCGGCUUCUAAACCGUGUACAGAUCUUGGGAAGAAAAGAGUUGCUGUUUUGAACGCUAAGCAGUCUGGGGGUGACAAUCCCGAGAUUCAUCUAAACCAAAACACUGAUAAAAGUCCCACACUUUUAUCGCCUGUAAGGUUCCAGUUUGCUCCAGUAAUUGGAUCCCCUGAUGUAUUCAGUCAGAAUAAUUUACAGAGCACCCCAAAGACCCCUCGUGCUGAAGAAUGUGAGUCAGAGUCCAGGCUAGAAUCGCUCCCCAUUGAUUUACUGGUCAAAAUACUUUGCCACCUGCACCAUGAUCAACUUAGAGCAGUUUUUCAUGUCUCUCAGAAAAUCAGGAAGGCAGUUAUUAUAGCAAGACAAUUCCACUUUAAUUACACAACUCCAGAUAGAACAAGGCAAGAGAUGCUGAAUACAAUGACUCCACUCCCGACAGAUCACUGGCCUUUUGUGAGCAAGGGAGGUGGGAAAGGGAUGUGGAUUACAAGCCCACAUGCACCAAAGGCACCUAAGCAUGGACCUCGUCCCCCCUCUCGCUUAAAGUUCACUGAGAUGAGGCAAAUUGCAGCUGUUCUCUUUCAGGAGUCUUCAUUUUCUUCAAAGUGUUUGGUGCCAUCAGUUCUACAGAAACCUAUCUGCAAAUCAUUGGCUUCCAAUAGAGUCCUGUUCUAUGAGGAUGAACUGUGCCAGGCUGUAGCUCAAAACAAACUUCGUUGAAUUUCCUGCAACCUUUCUGAUAAUUUGUUCCAUAUGUGUAUAGCAAGCAGCAUAUCCUAUUUCCUUUCCGAUACUAGUAUGGGAACAGGGUUUAUUUUUGUAGUUAUGUCAGUGCACUAGUGGAUUCUGGGUAUCAAGUAAUAGGAAUUAGAAGGAUAUGGACGGUUUAUAAGCGAAUAAUGUAUUAUACUCGUCAUUUGUACAGUCUGGUUCCAAAACAUGUCGCUUUUUCAGUGA